AUGAGGUUCCUACUCCUGCUAAACUGGCUUGGGGUGAUUCUGUCCUUUUCUGGACACAUCCAGGCGGAGCAGCCCCCAAAUCACAACCUCCCAGAGGUGGUCAUUCCUUUGAAACUAACUGGCAGUGCCAGAGGCAAAAAGUCUCCAGGCUGGCUCUCCUAUAGCCUGCGCUUUGGGGGGCAAAGAUACAUUGUCCACAUGAAGGUCAAGAAGUUUUUGCUGUCUAAACACCUCUCAGUGUUCACCUAUACAGACCAGGGUGCUCUCUUAGAGGACCAGCCUUUUGUGCACAAGGACUGCUAUUAUCACGGUUUUGUGGAGGGGGAUCCAGAAUCCCUGGUUGCUCUCAGUACCUGCUUUGGAGGCUUUAAAGGAAUGUUAUACAUAAACAACAUGGCUUAUGAAAUCAUGCCCAUAGCAUUUUCUACCACAUUUGAACAUCUGGUAUAUAAGAUGGAAAGUAAGGAAACACAAUCCUGUACAAUUAGACCUGGCAUUAUACAAGAUGAAAUAAUAGGUCAAGAUAUUGAUCAUUCCACUCUGAAGCAAAGUGCUUAUGUGGGCUGGUGGGUCCACGUUAGGACAAUUGAAAUUGUAUUGGUGAUUGAUAAUUCUCUAUACACUCAUUAUGAAAGCAAUGACUCAAAGUUGCUGGAUGAUCUAUAUGUGGUUACAAAUGUAGCAGAUUCCAUUUAUGAUGUGCUAGGCAUUAAGAUGCUAGUGUUUGCUCUGGAGAUCUGGAAUAAUGAAAAUUUGGUUAUAGUAGAUGAUGUAAGAAGAUCUUUUCAGUAUUUCUGCAAUUGGAAAUAUGCACAUGUGUUGCCCCGGAUAAAACAUGAUAUGUCACUACUUUUUAUAAACAAGAAUUUAAAAGGAUUAAGUGGCCUAGGGUUAACUGGAGGAAUAUGUGUGCCAUAUAAGAGUUGUGGAAUUGUUACUUUCUUAAACAGAACCUUGACAGUUUGUGGAAUCGCCAUGGCUCAUCACAUAGGUCAUAAUUUGGGCAUGUUCCACGAUGAGGAUCAAUGUGUAUGUGGGAACUCAAAAUGCAUAAUGCAUGCAGAUAACCCACCAACAACAAAAUUUAGCAAUUGCAGUUUUAAUCGAUUUUGGUGGUACACUGUAGAAAGGACGACAUGUUUGCUGGAACAGGACUACACCAAGGACAUCUUCAAUAACACACGCUGUGGGAAUGGCAUUAUUGAAGAAGAAGAGGAAUGUGACUGUGGAGCUUUACAGCGUUGUGCAAAAGAUCCCUGUUGUAUGCCAAACUGCACUUUAAUUAAUGGGGCUGCUUGUGCUUCUGGGCCUUGUUGUCAAAACUGCAAAUUCUUACCAUCAGGGUCCGUGUGUAGAAAGGAAGACAAUAUGUGUGAUCUUCCAGAGUGGUGCAGUGGAACCUCUUAUAAGUGUCCAGAGGAUGUGUAUGUGGAAGAUGGAAUUCCUUGUAGUGACACAUCUUUCUGCUAUGAAAAAAGAUGUAGUGACCGCACUGAACAGUGUAGGCGUAUUUUUGGCAAGGAAGCAAAGAGUGCAAAACUGAUUUGCUACAGAGAAGUGAACACCCAAGGUACUCGUUUUGGUCACUGUGGUAUCAAGGGUGUUAGAUAUAUAAAAUGUGAUAUCCCAGACGCCCUGUGUGGAAGAGUUCAGUGUGAUAAUGUGCAAGAAAUUCCACAGUUGAGUGAUCAUACUACUGUGCAUUGGACUCACUUCAAUGAAGUAACCUGCUGGAGUACCGAUUAUCAUUAUGGAAUGAAUACACCUGAUAUCGGUGAAGUGAAAGAUGGCACAGAGUGUGGUCCAGAGCAUCUCUGUGUCCACAGGCAGUGUAUCCACAUAUCCUUCCUGGGUAGUAAUUGCUCACCUGCACAAUGUAACAUGAGAGGCAUCUGCAACAAUAAACAUCACUGCCACUGCAACUAUUCGUGGGAUCCACCCAACUGCCUGAUAAAAGGAUAUGGUGGUAGUAUUGACAGUGGCCCAGCCCCAAGGAGACACAAGAUGAAAGUUUUUAAUGCUGGCCUGGUGUUGUUUGUUCUUUUGAUUGCUUGCUUUGGUUGUAUAAUUAUUUUUUGCUCAAAAAGAAAAAGAAAGAAAAGAGUUCACAUUGUACUUCCAGACAAGAAUAACUCUGAGGAUGAGAGUGUACCUCCUGUGUUGCAUUCCCCGAUUCUACCUGGGAGCACAGGUGAAUCAGUAAAAGUCCCAAAGUCUGUACUUAAAAAGAGUGUCCAUUAA